AUGAAGAGAAAGGCAGACAUGCCCGCUGACGGCAAGAAGCCGGUCAAGAAGCGGUCCAAGAACUCCCUCACCGACGGCGAGGCCAAAGCCCGCUUCCGCAAGGGCCUGUUCGACAAGCCCGUCCUGGAACAGUACACGGCCGACUAUGCCUCGGCUACUCCCUACAAGCACAGCGUCAUCUCGGGCCUCGUCGACGACGGGCUCCUGCGCAAGGUCCGUUCCGAGGUCAAGGCCAACGUCUCCUUUACGCCCAAGGAGACCGACAUCUACAAGAUCCACCAGAGCGGUGAUCUGGCCAACCUGGACGGCUUGGACGAUGAUGCCCUGGCCAAGCUGCCCUCCCUCCUCACCCUGCGCGAUGCCCUCUACUCCAAGACCUUCCGGGACUACGUGUCACACAUCACCGGCUGCGGGCCCCUGAGCGGGCGCAAGACCGACAUGGCCAUCAACGUCUACACCCCGAACUGCUACCUGCUGUGCCACGACGACGUCAUCGGCUCCCGCAAGGUCAGCUACAUCCUGUACCUCACCGACCCCGACACGCCGUGGCAGGCCGAUUGGGGCGGCGCUCUCCGUCUCUUCCCCGUCACCGACCGCGCCGGCAAGGACGGCGAGGUGGCCAAAACGCCCCAGCCCGACCCCGUCAAGGUCAUCCCGCCCGCCUGGAACCAGUUGUCCUUCUUUGCCGUGCAGCCGGGCGAGUCCUUCCACGACGUCGAAGAGGUCUACCAGGCCGCGUCCAAGAAGGAGCUCGAGAAGAACGGCGGCCGCAUCCGCAUGGCCAUCAGCGGUUGGUUUCACAUCCCGCAGAUCGGGGAGGAAGGCUGGGUCGAGGGGGCCGAGGAGAAGGCUGCCCGCAACAGCGGCCUGAUGCAGCUGCAGGGAAACCCGGACCAGCACGACCGUCCCCAGGCGCGGCCGGUGCCGGUCGAGAGGAGCGGGUCCAGCGAGAGCAGCCAAGAAAGUGACGACGCGACAUUGGACGCAGACGACCUCGACUUCUUGCUCAAGUAUAUCGCCCCGACGUAUCUGACGCCGGAUACGAUCGAGAAUGUCGCCGAGCACUUUGAGGAAGAGUUCAGCAUCACCCUACCAGACAUCCUACACCCAAAGUUUGCCGAGAAGGUCCGCAAGUAUGUGGAGGCACAAGAGGCCAAGCCGCUUCCAAAGAACAGCGAGAAGAUCGAGAAGGGCGCCUGGAAAGUCGCCCGCCCGCCACACAAGCACCGCUACUUGUACCUCCAGCCCGGAGAUGCCGGCUCAGAAGACUCGCCGUUGAAGGAGCUGGUAGAGGUAUUGCUACCAUCGAGGCAGUUCCGUCUGUGGCUCGAGAUGGCAACCCGCUCCGUGGUUGAGAGCCACGAUAUUCUCGCACGGCGCUUCCGCAGGGGCAAGGACUACACACUUGCUACCGGCCACGAAGGCAAGUCGCGGCUGGAAGUCAACAUUGGCAUCACGCCGACCGAGGGGUGGGGCGAUGAUGCUGAAGACGAUGAUGAAGAGGACGAAGACGACAACAGCUCAGAGGCAUCCUCAGAGGCGUCUACAAUCCACAAUGGCGCAGGCAAGACAGCAAACGGCAAACCUAAAGCCAAUGGCGACAGCGCCAAGGCAAAGGCAAAUGGCAAGGCUGUUGACAAGGCUGUGGACAAAGACGUCGAGGAAUCGGAGGUUGGUGGUCACGAAGUGUACAUGGCCGGCGACGACGACAGCAACGAGGACGCCGCCAUUUACAAGAGCAGUGCAGACGACGACAACAUUCUCUUCUUCCAGGCGGCGUCGUGGAAUAAAAUGACUAUAGUGUUGCGCGACAGCGGGACGCUGCGCUUCGUCAAGUACGUGAGCGCGAGCGCCAAGGGCGAUAGGUGGGACGUCAGUGGCACCUUUGAGACUGAAGAGCAAGAUGAUGAACCUGAUGACGAAGAAAAUGGCAACGGAGCUGGCGUGGGGGUAUUGGACGAAACCGAGGAGGAGUUCAAUGGCUUCUCGAGCAGCGAGGACAGUGAUUCGGACUAG